AUGACAGGAAGAGGGCAGGAGAUUGUUGACUUUAUGGAGAAGCGUAAAAUAAACAUCAUGUGUGUCCAGGAGACAAAGUGGAAGGGAGCCAAAGCUAUAGAACUCGGGAAUGGAUUUAAGUUAUUCAACACUGGUACAGAUAGGAGACGAAAUGGGGUGGGGAUAAUCUUGGACGACAAUCUUAAGAAAGAAGUGCUGAGCGUAAAACGAAGUUCAGAUAGAAUCAUCUGGUUGAGAGUUGAUAUGGGAGGAGAAAUAGUAAAUAUCGUGAGUGCCUAUGCCCCACAGACCGGCUGCAAUGUGGAGGAAAAGGAUGAAUUCUAUGAAGAACUCGAUGACGAAUUGAGAGAGAUACCAACGAGUGAAAAGUUAUGGAUUGGAGAGGACUUUAAUGGCCUCUGUGGAAAUGACAACGUUGGAAAAGAGGAGUAUAUUGGCAAACAUGGAGUGGGCGUGUGCAACGAGGCAGGUGAACAGUUCGUGGACUUUGCGGUGAGACAUAGUUUGCGUGUGGUUAACACUUUCUUUAAGAAAGCGGAGAGGUAUAAGCUAACAUACAGGAGCGGAGCAUUGGAAUUUCAAAAUGACUACAUUUUAUGCAGAACCAAUGAAAAAGCAAACAUCAGAAAUUGCAAGGUUACCUUAGGUGAGAGUGUAAUGAGCCAGCACAGACCAUUAAUCUGCACGCUGAGGGGGAAGAAAUUAGAUUUGAAGAAACUUGCAGGUAUACCUAGGACAAAGUGGUGGAAACUGGCAGAUAGAAAUGCCCAAAACGAGUUUGCUAGUGCAGCAAUGGAAAAAAACAAGAAGGACAAGGAAACAGGGUGGUGGAAUGAGAAGGUACAACAAUACAUCAAGAUAAAGAAAGAAACCAAAAAGAUCUUAGACCAGGAGAACAACGUAGAAAAUAGAGAGGCCUACAAGGUUGCCAAGAAAGCAGCCAAGAGGUCUGUAGCGAGAGCAAAAGCAAAGGCCUAUCAAAGGUUAUAUGACGACAUGGAAACCUUAGAUGGACAAAAUCGUGCACUGAGGAUUGCUAAACAGAGGGACAAGAACUCAAAGGACAUAUAA